AUGAAGAUGCAUUCAUAUGCAUUCUACAAUGGACAUCUAAGUGAAACUGAGCGUCGAUUAUCAGCUCUGGAUAAGCCACAGGCCAAAGCCUACCCAGCUGCAGUCCAUUACCCGAGAUCUCCGUCCGUAGCCGGUGGCGCAAACCCAGCAAAUGGUGAUGCAGAUUCGCCUGAUUCCGAGCCUGAAACUAAACGAGAUGUAGGGAAAUUGAGAGCAGACCUAGCUAUGGAACUAACCUCUCCACUUGGCUGUGUCACCUAUCCUCAAAACCUCACUUGGAAGAACUAUGUCGAGUUCAUUUUCUUUCCAACUCUUUGUUACGAAUUGGAAUAUCCACGAACUAAGGAUAGAAGCUGGAUCGAAGUGCUCAUCAAAGCUGCGGCAGUCUUUGGCUGUAUCUUCCUAUUAACCCUAACCAGUGAGGAAUUUAUCGUGCCUGUUCUGAGCGAUUCCGCAUUUAGACUUCGCACAAUUCCAUCACAUUUUGAAAGGGGCUUGAUCCUUGCUGAAACAAUAAGCAUGCUCCUCUUCCCGUUUAUGGUGACGUUCCUACUAGUCUUCCUUGUGAUAUUUGAGUACGUAUUGGGGGCAUUUGCCGAAAUCACACGGUUCGCAGACAGGCGGUUCUACUCUGAUUGGUGGAAUUCUUGUGACUGGUAUGUAAUAUCUUUAACCCUCUGA